AGAAGAGAAAGACAGACGUGGCAGGAAAGAACAGAGGGAGAGACAAAAAUAUAGCUGUCUCCAUCAUGUCCUACUACGAGCACUUUGUGAUACCAGAAUCGGAUUAUGAGUACAAUGACACGAUUUUCGGUUUUGGUUCUGGCUCGGGCGAUUUCGGUGCUGGAUUUGAGGAGCCAUGUGACCGUGAGCUGCUGAGCCCCAGUGUGCAGCGUAUCUUCCUCCCGGUGGUGUACGGUUUCAUCUUCACCCUGGGGAUCACCGGGAAUGGRCUGGUGGUGUUUGUACUGGGCUGCCAGCGGAAGGCCCGGCUCAGCCUAACGGACCGCUACCGGCUGCACCUCUCCGCCGCCGACCUGCUCUUCGUGCUGGCGCUGCCGUUCUGGGCUGUGGACGCAGCACUAGGGGACUGGCGCUUUGGAGCAGUCACAUGUGUCGGCGUGCACGUCAUCUACACGGUGAACCUGUAUGGCAGCGUGCUGAUCCUGGCCUUCAUCAGUCUGGACCGCUACCUGGCCGUGGUCAAAGCCACGGACACCAGCACCACACACAURCGGCAGCGGCUAGCUCGCAGGUAUGUGUACGCUGGUGCCUGGCUGCCUGCUGGUCUCCUCGCCAUCCCCGACAUGGUGUUCGCUCGGACCCAGGAGGCAGGGGAAGGGGAGAUGGUGUGUGCAAGGCUCUAUCCGUCAGAGAACGCCCCACUGUGGGUGUCCCUGUUUCACCUUCAGACGGUGCUGGUGGGGCUGGUGGUGCCGGGCCUGGUGCUACUGGUGUGUUACUGUGUGAUCGUGUCCAGGCUGACCCGCGGCCCUCUGGGAGGCCAGAGGCAGAAGAGGAGGGCGGUGCGGACCACUGUGGCUUUGGUUCUCUGUUUCUUCCUCUGCUGGCUGCCGUACUGCAUUGGUAUCACAGUGGAUGCUCUCCUCCGCUUGGAGCUGAUCCCGCGGGGCUGUACGUUGGAGUCAGGCCUGGGGUUGUGGUUAGCGGUGUCUGAGCCAAUGGCGUACGCCCAUUGCUGCUUGAACCCGCUGCUCUACGCCUUCCUGGGUGUGGGUUUCAAGAGUUCUGCUCGCCGCGCCCUCACACUUACACGCAUGUCCAGCCUGAAGAUUCUCCCGCGUAGACGAACAGGGGCCACGACGUCCACAACGACAGAGUCAGAGUCAUCUAGUCUGCACUCCAGCUAAGAAAGAUAAUAGUCGAUAGCCUAAUAUUGUGUGUGCGUUGUGUGUGUGUGUGUGUGUGUGUGUGUGUGUGUGUGUGUGU